CAACUCAACUCUGCUUCUCUCUUCCCUCCUUGCGCAGCCAGCAGCAAGUUUGUCUAUCUCCCAAUAUUCUUCUCUUGUCAACAACACAGAUCUCAAAUGCCUUAAAGUUCAAUCUGAGUAAGUAACACCCAUGGCUGAAACCCUAAUUUUCUCCGUCCCCACCGGAGAACCUUCUUUCUUAAUAUUCCUAAAUCGCACCUUUCUCUCCAUCAAACGACGCCUCCUCGCUCGCAUUCUUCGCUACCAAAACGACGCCGUUGCACACUCCAGGAUUUUCCGUGAAGUGGAUGAUUCGGCCACUGAGAAAAAGUGCGAAUUAAACGCCGGAGAUUGUUUGUCAAACGACGGCGGGAAUGGACGACACGCCGUUUUCAAUGCGCUGGAUACUAUGCUUAAGGACAGUUUAGAGCGUCUUAAGAUGAUGAGGGAAAACUUAUGUCUGGUAAAGACUGGUCUAACUAUAGGAUAUGCAUGUGAAUCCAAGUAUGCUGAAGAUACAGCUACUAUUAGGCGUUUGUGCUUAGAUGGUAAGCUGGGAGCAGCUGUUUGGCUUUGGGGGAAAAUGGCGCAGAAAGGUGUCGUUUCUGAUGUGUUUACCCACAACCAUAUUGUAAAUGGGCUGUGCAAAAUUGGGCUUCUGGACAAGGCGGAUUUGGUUGUUAGAGAGAUGUUAGAAUUUGGUCCUCGUCCCAACUGUGCCACUUAUAAUACUUUGAUUAAGGGCUAUUGUGCUGUUAAUGGUGUGGAUAGGGCUUUGUAUCUGUUCUCCACCAUGACCUAUGCUGGGAUUCUGCCAAACAGGGUUACUUGUAGGAUACUGGUGCAUGCACUGUGUGAGAAAGGUCUUCUUAUGGAAGCUAAAAGGAUGCUUGAAGAAGUAUUAAAGGAUGAUGACGAGAAAGACAUACCUGAUUUAGUUAUCUCUACUGUAUUUAUGGAUAGCUACUUUAAGGAUGGAGCAAUUAUUCAGGCUCUCAAUCUUUGGAAUCAGAUGCUUCAAAAUUGUACUAAAGUUGAUGUUGUAGCUUAUAAUGUUCUUAUCAAUGGAUUUUGCAAGAGUCAACAAAUGAACCUUGCAUAUGGAUAUGCAUGUGAGAUGUUUAAGAAAGGUUUACUUCCUGAUGCUUUUACUUAUAAUAUUAUUAUUGGUGCUCUUUGCAAGGAAGGAAAAAUUAGUGAGGCUUGCUAUACCGUUGGAGUUAUGUCUAAUAUGGGAAUUAUGCCUGAUCAAAUUACAUACCAGAUUGUGAUUCGAGGCCUUUGUUUUGCUGGAGAGGUUGUUAGAGCAAAACACUUGCUUUGGUGUAUGUUGAACAAUUUAAUGGUGCCCAAGCCUUUAAUAUGGAAUCUAAUAAUUGACUUAUAUGGGAGAUAUAAUGAUCUUAGUAAUGCAUUUUUUACAAGAGAUCAGAUGCUGUCUUUCGGUGUUUGCCCUAAUGUAUUUACUUAUAAUGCUUUAAUUCUUGCACAAGUGAAGAGUGGAAAUUUCCAUGGUGCUUGCUCUCUGAAGGAAGAGAUGAUUUCGAAAUGUCUCUUUCCUGAUGUGGUUACCUAUAAUUUGUUGAUAGGUGCUGCUUGUAAUAUAGGACGUCUUGAUUUUGCUCUUCUAUUACAUGAUCAGAUGGUGCAGAGGGGUUAUGAACCAGAUUUAAUAACUUAUACUGAACUUGUUAGGGGGUUCUGUAUAAGAGGUAAGAUGAAAGAGGCAGAAGAGCUCUAUGCCAAAAUACUAAAAUCUGGUUUGUUGAAUGAUCAUGUUCCAGUUCAGAUUCUUUUUAAUAAGUACUGCAAAUUGAAGGAACCAGUUAUAGCAUUUAACUUUUAUCAAGACUGGUUGGAAAGUAAAAAGGGCAGUCUUCCUUGAUAAAUUCCACAUUGUGCCUAUGGCUUUAUACAUCAUGAAGUUCUGGAAAAAGAAAGCCGCAUUUGCUCGAAUGAAAUGUCGGCAAUCAUAUGAGUAAUGAACACUCCAGUGUAGCAGGCAUCCUGCUAUCUGCUAUCAUGAUAUAGCAGUUUUGGGUAGGCCACUCUGCGCUGCUAUUUGGGAUUGAUAACUUCUUUGUAAUGAUCAGAAGAACCCAUAAUACUUUCUAGAGCAGCAGAUUAUCAAACCCAACCAGCAAGAUUGAUUAGCCAAAAUUGCUUGGCUAUUGCUUUGGUAGUGUAUAAAUUGGGAAAAACAAACAAAGCUGUGGAUGUCGUAUCUUGUAAAGGAGAGGAAUGGGAAUUAAUGGCACUGACUAGGCCAAUACAGAGGAUGCAGAUAGAGUGCAAGAAGCUGUGCAAGUAGAUUCUGUUUUGAAGAAAAUUUUGGACAAAAUAAGAGCUGAUCCUAACUCCCAACCUGGGUACACUAGAGCAGACCUUGUUGUUUCACAAUGGGAGAUUGGUCAUACCCACAGGAUCUGAAUGGGUUCCUCCACUGAUUGUAGAAUUUCAUUGGAGUAUUACAAACAUGCAGAUGCCUAGCAGCAAACUUGUACUGGUCAGGAGUGAUGGCAGUUAUGAUUAAAUUUGUUGCUGAAUGUCCAGUGUAACAACAACAAAAAUACCAAGCCAUGUCUCCAGCAGGACUCCUCCAACCCUUUCUGAUAUGCCCAUUGUGAAUGUGUAUAGUAGAGGAAAUAGAGAGGCUGUGGGAGUAGUGAAGGGAUUAAAAAGCCUCAUGAAGCCAAGCCUAUUGGUGUACGAGAGAAUGAAGAAAAGGGUGGCAACAACAAAGGAGGAAAAGGAAGAGAGAAAAUAACCGAAUGGGCAGGUAGUGGAAGGAGAAUGGAGGAGGGAGAAUUAACUGAAAGGGGCAUGACGAAAUUUGUUAAGGGUCUCAGUGGCCAGGUUAGAUUGAGUAGAUGAGCUGGUCCUCUCUCAGUCAGUUGGAGCAAUUGGAAAAAGUGCUGCUUCUCUUGGUGGAGGUUAUCGUAAAUGUCCAUAAGUGUACCAUUGCCAAGCUACCUGCACAACUUGGACCAAUUGUGCCUAACAGAAACUGGGGAAUUUUAGGCGUUGCCACACUGGUUCAUAAUGUUGAAUGAUUCAAAUUGUAACUUUAGGUGGGUGUCCUAGCUUGUAAAUGUUAAUGACGAGUCUGGUUUAGCUUGCAUAUUUGCUUGUAUUUUUAUUGUGAAUCAGCUUGUAAUUAUUAAAAUGGUUACUUAUUCUAAUAAUGUUGGAAUGUUGAGGCGAGAUAUCUAUGUUUCAGCUACUUUUGAUUAA